UGAUGGGCGUACUGAGCUGUGCAGUGAAAGGAGAUACCCUUACGUGUUUCAUUGUAGCAAAACAAAACCAUGUUCCGUCCUGGUUCUAUCACGGCUUGUUGCUGGUUAGUCCGCGGCGCCUUAACCGGAGCUCCGCUGUUUUUUCAGGUUACGCGCGGUGGUGACAAGCGGGUUGGACGGUGCUAUUGCGGCGUUUUUAUUGGAAAAAAGCUGAUGACAGAAUAACAACACAAGGCAGCGCAUCCCUGCUAGCAGCACACACAUCUCUGUUGUUUGACUUUAACGUGCGUCUUUGGUUUUGCGCGCACACCGGACUCCUGACACCACCGGCACUUUUUUUUUUUUUUUUUUUUUGUGUGGAGAAUUUGGUGAAAUGCACCUGCCGUGAGAUAACAGAGCAACCUGGAGCACAUGGACAUCCUCCUCCUUGGAUCUCACAUCGGGACAGUCACAUCUGAAUAUUUCCAUCCUGUGUCCUUUGUUGGUGCGACAUGGAGCUUUUCCAGUGUUUCAUUUGGAUCGGUUUAAUAACAUAUAGCUACUCGUCGCGGGGCUUCAAACCAACCCGAUUAUGAGGAUGACAGCUGAUCGCCCCUCCUCUCCGGGGACUUCAAUAAAAACGCGCUUCAUCUGAAUCCAGUGUCUUCGAUUGCAAGCCACAGUCUCAGUUUCAUCUGUGUUUAACAAUAGAUGAAGCUGGCAUUUGCUGUAUGGACACCUCUACCAUCUACCAUCUACCAGAUCUGGGAAUAACCUACAUGCUUUCACCUUUUUCUUUUGGAGAUUUAAAAUUAGUCUCUUUUUGGCCUUUUAAAUUCAUUCAGUAGAAGAUUAAAAAUGAUUUGUUUCUUGUGCGCGGAUUUGGUGGAGUUGUGCGCAACUAAAUUUCCCUUCUUGCUCUCUGUUACUUUGCGCUUAACUCGUGGAUAGGGGAUGAUCUUUGAGUAGCGGAUCAAAUAAUCAGUGCCGUGGUGUCAGCAACGGCUUGAGCUACAGGGGAUUUGUGUAGAUUAUCGCCAGACUGCUAUUUUCUUCACUGGGUCACACAGUUAAGUGAACUUAGAGGCUUUUUGAUCUGUAGCCUUUUCCCUGGUGAACUGCUGACUGGAAACUCAAGCAAGUCUGGAGAAGGAAAGUCUGUUUACAGUUCCUAUGGAGAAGACUUUUUGGUAAAAAGAAAUGACUGCCACAGAAGUGUUUACACCAGAUCUGAGGAUAUGACUAGUCUGAUGUCGCUGCUGUCACCCCGUGGAUCCGUGGAAAUGAGCUGCACAGCUGUAAGGCUGUAGUUAACACUCCCUGUUUUUACGCACAGCCUGUGUGGGAUGCCAGCGCUGUGAGAAACGGCACACAGAUCCAAAAAAAACAAGGAGCGCACCCAACCAAACCACUUUACCCGGACUUUCUACCGGAGGAUGUUUGAGCCAGGAUGCUGCGCUUCCCCGUGAAGAAGAUCCGGAAGCAAUUCAAGCUCCUGCUGCUGCUCGUACUGCUCACUUCGGCCGUAUGGUUCACCUACCUGCACAUCAACCAGGGCAAGACCAUCAAACUGCACUUCAACUACGGAAAAGAUGGAGAGAGACAGACGGAGGGGACAGACGCCAGCCGAAAGAGGGACACUCGCUCCUCCGCCGGACACCACAAGAGUGAGGACACCAGUGAUAGCAGGGAGGACGAGGCAGCUGAUGAAGAGCCAAUCACAGGGAGGGCUGAGGGCAGAGGCCAUAGCCACAUUCGGAAGUUCCUCAGUCAGCGCCACAAAAAAUUGCCAUGGAAACCAGAGUAUAAAGGCCAGGCCAACCUGCAUGUCUUUGAAGACUGGUGUGGCUCCUCUGUAGCUCAACUCAGAAAGAACCUGCAUUUUCCUCUUUACCCUCAUACCAGAACCACAGUGAAGAAGCUGGCAGUGGCUCCAAAGUGGAAGAACUACGGCCUGAGAAUAUUUGGCUUUCUUCACCCCUACAGAGACGGUGAUUUCCAGUUCUCUGUAUCUUCUGAUGAUAACUCAGAGUUCUGGCUCAGUCCUGAUGAGAGUCCUCUCAAUGCCAGGCUGCUGGUCUAUGUAGGACAGCUGGGUACAGAGUGGACCGCUCCAGGCGAGUUCAGCAAGUUCAGGUCCCAGUCCUCCAAGUCGGUGCACCUGAUCUCAUCCAGACGAUACUACUUUGAGAUCCUCCAUAAGCAGGAUGACAAGGGAUCGGAUCACGUGGAAGUCGGGUGGCGCCCAUUCCUCCCUGGUCUGAAGUAUGAAGUGAUAGACUCCGCCUACAUCUCUUUGUACGCAGACGAGUCUAACCUGAAGAUGAACAGUGUGGACCACAUCCCCCAGACCUUGGCCAGUCACAUCCGUCUCCCAGAGGAUUCUCAGCCCCAGGGACUGGAGGGAGGCAGCAUCACGCAGCAUGGAGCGGAUAUGCUGAAGCCAGACCCCAGGGACACCUUCUAUAGCACUCCUAUGAUUGACCCUUCUCAUCUGGAAAAUGUUCUGCCAGCCUGUCUCUACUCCCCAACCUAUGUUGUGAAAGACUUUCCUAUUGCCAGAUACCAGGGCCUACAGUUUGUUUAUCUGUCUUUCGUCUACCCCAAUGACUUUACACGUCUCACGCACAUGGAGAGAGAGAACAAGUGUUUCUACAGAGAGUCUCCUAUCUACUUAGAGAAGUUUGGAUUCUACAAAUAUAUGAAGAUGGAUGAGGAGGAAGAUGACAGACCGUUCUUCUUCCCCAACCCAGAUGAUUUCCUAGAGGAGGAGGAGGUGGUGGAUGCAGAAGAUGAGGCAGAGAUUGUUGGCACCCAGUCACCCAAAAAGUCCUCUCAUCCCAGCCAAACCAGCCACAUCUCCAGCCCCAUCUAUCAGCACUCAAGACCUGGGCCCACUCCAGGUGGCAGGGAAGGAGAGGAAGAGGAGGAGGAAGCUGAUGAAGAGGAAGAAGAGGGGGCAUUGAAUAGUAUUAUACACCGCAGAGAAAGGAGGCAUUUUCCGGAGAGAGAUAAGGAUGCCAGUUGGGUAAGAGACCAUACAAGAGGGAACACCGGACAAGAUAUCAGAAAAGGCUCUUCAGAGAUCCAGCCCAAGGGGCUUCAGCCUGACACAUACAGUAUAGUCCGGGGUCGGUCCUUGUCUUGGAUUCGCACUGGUCCCGCAGAGCUGAGCCCUGGCAGAAAUGGAGGAGGCGGAGAGAAGGGAGCUGAGACUCCACCAAAACUGAGCAAAUCUUCUCUCCUUUUCCCCCAAAAGUCUUCCCUCUCUGCCCUCGCUAGCCGUGCCAAACAGAUCCUCAGCAACUCUGCCCAUAGCAACAACCUCCAUGACAACAACAAGCUUGCUGGAAACAAGAAGGAGAAAAGGGAGGAGAACAAAAUCUACAUAACAAGACCUCGGCCUGCCAAAGAGAGGGAGAGGGAAAGGGAGAGAGAACAACGUCGAGAAAGGAGAGAGGAGAGGGCAUCUCGCCACCCUAGAGAGGUCUUCCCAGGGGUCUUUUUAUAUCAGACCGGCAAAACCACCAGACUGGUCAAUCUUGGAGGUAAAGGACAUGCUGGAGCAGCCAUAACAGGAGGUAGGAAUCUUGUUAGUGCCCCUCAACUCUGGCCCAACCCCCCGACAAAAGAGGGGAAAACAUCGUACAAUGGUAGCACACAGAAUGAGAGUGUGCAGAGGUCAGCGAACAAGGCAGCGGUGGCAAAACAGCCAGACAAAAACAAAAGGAAGUUAGAGUAUCAGUCUUUGAAGACGACUGUGACAGCUGAUCUCACCAGCAAAGGAGACUCAUUAGCGCCACUGUCCCAUCUCCAGGAUCCCCCUCUGUCUCCUGUUACCCUUCCGAGGCUUAACACCACCGAGAACACGCUACAAAGUCAGACCCGAGUCACCUCUUACCUCAGAACAUCAGAGAUCACAGAGUCCCAGCAGCAGUUAGAUCCAGACCCCAACCCAGCAGAUCUGGACCAGGAUAUAAACCGUUCAAAUCCAGACCCUGACCCUGAGCCAGAACCAGAGGAGGGUGAGAUGUCAGACUACAGCUAUGAGGAGGUUGAAGCUCGGCCAGGUUGGGCAGAGGAGAGCAUCAACUGGCAGCGGACCUUCUCAGUCAAUCCAAUGGACUUUGAGUUGCUGCGCUCUGACUGGAAUGACCUCCGCUGUAAUGUUUCUGGCAACCUCCAACUGGCAGAGAGUGAAGUGGUAGAUGUGCUGGCUCAGUACAUGGAGAAACUCAAUGAACGCAAUGGAGGGAUAUACACCCUACUGCGAAUCAUCAAUGUCGAGAAGCGGCGAGAUUCAGCGAGAGGUAACCGUUACCUGGUGGAGCUGGAACUGAUGGAGAGAGGCCGCAGCGUGGUGCGCUUGUCUGAAUACAUUUACCUGCUCCUGCAUCGUGGCAGACAAGGGGACGAAAGUCCUGAGAACACAGACUCUGCCCCGGCCUCGGUCCCAGCUAGUGCCCCUUCCUCUGCCACGCCCAGCCUCACCACGCCGCCGCCUCCUCCCACCACGAGGGCCGCCGCUCGCCCUGGAGCGACCCCCUGGAGCACCGCCUAUGCUAAGCCUCUGCUGUGCCAGCCAGUGAUGCUACAGUGGAGGAAGGAUGUCAUGGUGCACUUUGUGGUACCAGUGAAAAACCAAGCUCGUUGGGUACAGCAGUUUAUCUCUGACAUGGAGAAUCUUCAUCGUCAAACCAAGGACGACAAUUUCAGUAUCAUAAUUGUCGACUUUGAGAGUGAAGACAUGGAUGUGGAGCAGGCGCUCAGAGAAAGCAGUGUGCCAAGGUACGAAUAUCUCAGGAGAGAGGGGAACUUUGAACGCUCAGCAGGACUGCAGAUCGGAGUGGACACUAUUGAGGAUAGCCAUAGCAUUGUUUUCCUGUGUGAUCUGCACAUCCACUUCCCGCUCAACAUCUUGGAAAGCAUCAGGAAGCACUGUGUGGAGGGGCGUCUUGCAUUUGCCCCCAUCGUCAUGAGACUGGGCUGUGGCAGCUCACCACGGGAACCUGACGGUUAUUGGGAGGUGAAUGGCUUUGGUUUGUUUGGAAUCUAUAAGUCUGACUUUGACAAGAUUGGAGGGAUGAACACAGAGGAAUUCAAAGACCGCUGGGGUGGAGAAGACUGGGAGCUGCUGGACAGGGUACUGCAGAAUGGACUAGAAGUAGAAAGGCUUCGUUUAAGGAACUUUUUUCACUACUAUCACUCCAAACGAGGCAUGUGGAAUGCCCAGAACAAGAAAACUCCCAAGGGAUAGCGCCGCCUGCUGGUCAGAGAGGAUCCCAAAUGACCUGCAGAUCCACUGUGUGUGAGGGAGACCAGUCGGAGCUCCUCACUGCCUGAACUCUGCCUUUUUUGAAACAAGCUCAUUUUAGGGAGGCCUCUGUUUCACCAUCGGCCCCUCUUGUAGGCUGGCCUUUAUGAGGAAACAGAGUUCACAAUGAAGUUUGAAAGCGUGCCGUUUACGCAAAUAGACUUGAGUCAUCACUUUGCCUCACUGACUGAACUACUGUACAGGGAGAAGAGAGUUAUUUUUGUUCGGCUUCUCUCUGUCCCUUUUUGGUGCAAUGUUUUCAGACAGACUGGAAAGCAGCUGUUUUGCGUGUGUGUGUGUGUGGGCAUGUAUGUGCAGGCGUGUGUAUGUAGAUAAACAUAUAUGGGUGUGGGUAUGGGUGAGUGUAGCUUGUGUGCGCUAAUGAUGACAGGAAGCACCUUUUUUAACAAGGAGAUGUGAAGACAACCUAAGAUGUUUUUUUUCUAACACGCUCUCAAGUGGGAGCCUAAUCGAAUGUGUGUCAACAUGUUAUUCAGAUAGAUUCAGACAUGGUGAUGUAGGUCGAGUAGGCAAAUCCAGUUUUUUGUAGAAAAAAACAAACAAACAAAAAAAACAACAAAAAAAAGGUAUUUCUUAAUCAACUACUACCUGUUGGAUAUCAUUAACCAGUAUGACCGGGUGCCGAAGUACUCGUGGUACCUGCUGUUGUGGUUCGUCACAUAUUACGAACCACAGAAAGUUCGGAAAUUAGAAACAUGAACAUCAUCUGAAUAUCUUUCUGUCCUUCUCUCUCUCCCUUCUCCCUUUAUCAACAGCUCAUUUCUGCCUCACAUUUUCAGAGUCUUUCUAAUGUUAAGCUAUUUCAUGUAUUUGUAUCCGAAGAGAGAUUUUAUAUAGCCCUGCUGCUGUUUUGGAAUAUGGGUUUAAAUACCCGUAUUAAUGCUAGAUAUCAUUUAUGACUUGAUGAAUUUUAUUUCCUGAACUGCAGGAUUUUCUGUCAUCUGCUAUUUAGACUAGGUUACUCACUUGUCAUGGCUGAGUACGGUAUGUACGCACUAACAUUGGGGUGCUAUUUUUGUUCUAAAACACUGUAUUUGUGAACAGUUUACACCUUUUAACUCUACUGAGAGUAUCCUGCUACCCCUUCAGAUCACUAACCUCAUCGUCACCUGGAACAUUAAACUGUAACCAAGGGGAAACAGGGGACAACAACAGAUUUCAGAUAUUUGUUUUAUUAUUGUUAUAUAAUUCUUUUAAGCAUUUUCUGAUUGGCUGAUUUGUUUCAGAUAUAGGUUUUGAUGGGUUAAAACUGUAUCUGUCAUGUAAGAACAGGCUACUACCAAGACAGAAAAUGCAAAUCUGUUAAAACACUGAUAAUUAUCUUUUAAUCUGAGGAUAACUGAGUGUAGCUUGGACAAGGUAUGGCAAGGCAUUGCUGUUUUAAAAAUGUGUGCCUUCAUCAGGGUUUGGCUGCAGGCAGUUUUUAAGCUAUUGUCAUGACAGAGGAGGGCAUGAGCAGACAUAAGUACAGGCUGUAACAUCACUGUAAAUUCAGAUACACUGUAAAUGGAAGAAAGGCGACUCUCUUGAACGGGUUACAGAUGUAUUGGUAUGUUUGUUAUAUUACCCUAAAAGCUAGGAGUGGUCUCUGUUAGCCACUACACCUCAGUGGUAAGACAAAUAUGGAGAAGGGACGGUAGGAGUGACUACUGGGAACGGGACAUAUGAUGGAGACUUACUGGCAGCUGCAGUCCACCAGGAGCCCACCCACUCCCAUUUGUUUGGCCGGAGGCUGAGCUCCUAAUGCCUCUGUUUAUGCAACAUGGUACUUAUAUUAAAAGGGAGAGGCUAGAUAUAUAUAGAUGAGAGCUAAUGAUCAGUUAUUGACUAUAUGAUUGUUAAAAUGCCCUCCAAGACCCUUUCUUUGCCUCUACAGGAAACAGGUCUAUACUGUAUGUCAUUUAACAGUGACACAGGACUAUUUAAAAAAAACAAAAGAAACAAAACGUGUUAAAUAUAAGACUAUAUAUAAGAAGCAGAAAAAGAAAAAUAGGAAUAUACAUUCCAAGGUAAUUUCUGUGAAAUUGUUUUGUAGAGAAAAGGUUUUAAGAAUGUAUUGUUCUUUUAUUUUGAUUUGUUGUUUUUUUUUUUUUGCAAAUAAAAUUUUAUGCUUAUGUACAGAU